AUGAAUAAUCAAACAGAUAAAAUAGUAAAUCUUUCACAUUUAAUAUUAAAUAAAAUAAUAAGUUAUAUAGAUGAUAACAUUGAUAUCAUUUGUUUCAGUUUAGUUUGUAAGAGAUGGUACAACGAUAGAGAUAAAUAUUUGGUUUUCAACACUGAUAAUAUCAACUUAUUUACACCUAAAAACACUGAUAUCAUUCAAUAUCAUAAACAUUUCAAAUUACCAUCAUAUUAUAAUAUCUUGUUGAAAUCAAUUCAAUCAAAGACAAAUUGUGCACUCUAUGUUGGUGAUUACCAUUUUAAAAAUUACGAUUAUUUUUAUGAUCAUGUUGAGAUGGUCAUUAGUAUUCCCAGCAAUGUUUCAGAAAUCUAUAUUACUACUAAUUACUCAAAAGAUAAGUUGGGGAAAUUCUAUAGAUUAUUAUCAGAAUCACAAUCAGUAACUAAGUUGAAUGGAUGCAGCACAUUGAAAUAUGGAUUACCAAAUUCACUCCAAACACUAUCUUUCAGAAAUUUCAAUGAACCACUUGUGAAAGGAUCACUUCCCAACUCAUUAGAGGUGUUAGAUUUCGAUUCAAACCUCAGACAAGAGAUUCUACCAGGUGUACUUCCAGGCAGAUUGCUCAAACUUUCUUUAGAGUACUAUCAAUAUGAAAUUCAGCCAGGUGUACUUCCAGAUAGUUUGUUAUCAUUUACUCUAGACCACCAUCAACAUGAAAUUCAACCAAAUAUACUUCCAGCCGGAUUGUUAUCAUUUUUCCUCGAUGACUAUCAACAUGAAAUAUUACCAUAUGUACUCCCAUCAUCUCUUAAAUUGUUGUCUCUUAAGUGCUAUAGAGAUACACUCAAAGAAGAUUUACGAUAUGUGUAUGCUACAACUGGAGACGAUAAUGUAAUAAUGAAAUCGUGUUUACCACUUUCAUGGUUACAAUCAAUAUCAUCACUUUCCAAUCUUCAAUCACUUGAUAUUUAUUUUUCCAUAUCAAAUCAAGAGGAUACUACAAUGUUCAAUCUUAAUUACCUCCCACCAAAUUUAGAAUCACUUGAAAUUACAAUCAAUGCACCAGGAAUAAUACUUUGUGGAACUACGCCAUUAUCAUUGAAAAGAAUCCAGUUGAAUGGUUGUCAAUUCAAGAUUGAUGAAAUAUUCCCAGAGACAUUGCAAUAUCACUUGGAAAUAUUUGAUUAUGAAAAUGACAGUAUUCUCCCAAUUCCAUCCAAUAUCAAGAUCGAUACAUUGUUCAUAUCUGGAGAGCCUAGUGAAUCAACUAUAACAUUACCAUCCGGAAUUAGUACAAUCUUCUUUUUUUCCGAAUUGUCUAGUUCAGGCGAGAAGAUGAUUGACUUUGGCGGCGAUGGUGUUACCGAUCAAACAUGUCCACUAAAAGAACUGCGUUUUCCAGCCUUCAAAGAUGGAUAUCCUAAAGUUAAACUUCCAAAGACCAUUGAACAUUUAGAUAUUGGUGACAAUAAUCUCAAUGAUAUUUUACAUUUGAUACCAUCAACACUCAAUACUCUUGUAUUUAGCAAACUAUCUAAUAUCGAUAUCACCAUCAUACCAAGUACUAUCAAAUCAAUUACCAAUAUCAUCCGUAAAUUUGGACUAUUUAACAAACAAACUAUCAGAAAGUUGGAUGAUAAUUAUUAUUUAAUAACUGAUGAUUAUGAAUAUGAACAUAGCUUCAAAGUGGUCUUCCGAAAUGCAAUAGAUAAAUAUUUCAUAUCCAAUAUGAGGAAUUUUAAUAAAUAA